AUGACUAUGGGAAAGAUCAUCUUUUACGAAGACAGGAACUUCCAGGGUCCCUCUCAUGAGUGCAGCAGCGACUGUGCCGACCUGCACUCCUACUUCAACCGCUGCAACUCCAUCAAAGUUGAGAGCGGAUGUUUCAUGGUCUACGAGCGCCCCAACUACAUGGGAAACCAGUACUUUGUGAGGAGGGGCGAGUACCCAGAUAACCAGCGAAUGAUUGGCAUCAAUGACUGCAUCAGGUCCUGCCGUAUGAUCCCCAUGCACCGUGGCCAGUACAGAAUGAGAAUGUACGAUCGUCCUGACAUGGGCGGCCAGAUGAACGAGCUGAGCGACGACUGCCCCAACGUCCAGGACCGUUUCCGUAUGUCCGACGUCAACUCCUGCAACGUGAUGGAUGGGCACUGGCUGAUGUACGACCAGCCCAACUACAAGGGAAGGCAGUACUAUGUGAGGCCCGGCGAGUACAGGAGGUUCAACGACUGGGGAGGAUUGAGCCCCAAGAUCGGCUCCCUCAGAAGGAUCACUGACUUCAACUGA